AUGCAACAAGAUAUAAACCUGGAUAUUCUGGAUGAAGCAAGGAAGAGUCUGUUUCAGUUUGCAAUAACCAAGCACACCGAAAGAAUACAACAUGGCGACGUACAGAACAGUACGCAAGGAAGCCGAGUGGUUCCAGUACCAGAGAAAGAAUCGUCUGUUCGUGAAGAAAUCGUCAGUGAACAAUCGUCCGUGAACUACUCAACACAAGGUUUGCAAUAUAGCUACAAUGAACUGGUUGAAGGCAGUAUCCCUCCCAUUAAAACAAAAGGUAUUAAAUGUGGUCAUCUUAACAUUCAUAGCCUUGUCAGUAAGAUAGACGAACUUCGUCUCUUGCUGAAGCAUAGACCUUUCGAUGUUAUAUGUCUGAACGAAACGCUGUGUGACUCUAGUAUCUCGGAUGAGGAGUUAUUGAUCACCAGCCCUACAAGGGUCACCAGUCAUAGCAACACUCUCAUCGACUUAAUAUUUGUAAAUAAUCCAGAUGUUUUUACUGAUAAUGGUGUAUUUUGUACUAGUAUAAGUGAUCAUUUUUUAACUUAUUCAGUUCGUUGUUUUAAUUUUAAAUCAUCCACUCAACAAGGUCAUAAUUAUAUUGAGUAUAGACCAUUCAAGAAGAUGAUUGUCCAAGAUUUUAUUCAUGAUUUGGAAAAUGUACCUUGGAAUGCUAUUGUUAACAUAACUGACAUUGAACUAGCCUGGCAAACCUGGUUAAAUAGUUUUAUGGAAAUUGUGAACCUGCAUGCUCCACUCUGUAAAAAGAAAAUUAGGCAAAAUGCUUGUCCUUGGAUCACAGACGACAUUGUUAAGCUGAUGAAAGAACGUGAUCAGAUCCAUAAGGCUGCCGUCAAACAUAAUUGUCAGAAUUUAUGGAAUGAGUAUAGAUGUUUACGUAAUAAAGUAACACACAUGAUGCAGAAGCAAAAGACUGAUCAUUACUGUGGUCUGAUCCGUGAUAAUGCUGGUAACAGCAAAAAGAUCUGGAGUUGCCUUAAAGAAGUAACCCCGAAGCAAGGCCGUAUUCUCCCCAGUUCGAUUGAGGUCAAUGGAUCAGACUGCAGUGACAGUGAUCAGAUUGCUAAUGCAUUUAAUGAUUAUUUUGUAACUUGUGCGCAAAACGUCACAAAAGACUUGCCUGUCACAACACCUACUGUGUUCACCGAUGUAUCAGGUGGUAAGAUCUUAGAGCGAGCCGUUUGUGAUCAGUUGUAUGCAAGCGACCGCGACACGAACUUCGUAUAUCGCGGUGUAAAGUUACCUUAA